AGCUACGUCAGUUUUUUUUUUAUUUUUUCUUUAGCAGAGCCUUGUAUAUUUACUUUAGAUCACUAUAGGUGGAACCUGAAGAUGAAUUUAAAACGAAGUAAUGGACGACCAGCAGCUUACCGUAUUAAAAACAAACACAUUUUUAUGAAGGGUUUUAGGAGGCGAAGGACGAAAGCGAUUAAAGUGCACGCAUGUUUACACAAACUUUUGAGUACAGAGGGCAAUUUGAUCAACAGCAUACGGAUGAUACCCAUGCACAGAACCCGAUCUAUUUUAGCUGAAUCCAUUAAAUUGCUACGGCGACGAAAUCGUAAGCGUGUAACAAAUGAUCUGCGAGAUGAACACAAUGACAGAAAACUGAAGACACUAUUACGAAAAUUGUAUGAUCAUAAAACAAAUAGUUUAUAUCUCAAAAAAAUGUUAGGAAAUUUGAAGGUUCAAAUUAAUGAGCACUAUUGCAGUAAUAUUGCAGAACUAAAAGUAAUGAGAAAACUAACCAGGGGCAACAUAAAAGAAGCUGAGGAAUGUUAUAAUGUUGCAAGCCAACUGAAAUAUAUGAGUAGAAGUAGGUCGACGAGACGGAAACCGAAAAAUUCUUUUGAAAAAUCCAUAUGGAUAUUCUUAAAUUCACUUAAAACCCAGAAGAAUGUCGUAGUAACAAAGAAAACGGAUAACAAUAAAAGUCAGGAUCUUAGUGAAAAUCCACGUAAAGCACAUUUUCAUAGACGACGCAUGGUGCUGCCAAAACGAUUGAAUGCAAUAAACACUGGUUCAAUGAGUGAUACAAAUGUAGUUUAUUCAAAAAUAAGCACUCAUAAUUUACCAGCAUCAAGGCAAAAGGUUAAAGUUUAUCCCCGAGAAAAGACAAAAACAUACAAUACAGCGGAAGCCGAAACAACACCUUACACAGAUUUAAUACACCCAAAAAUUGCAGUCGAUAAAGAGGAAAAUCAGCAGGGAACCUGGAGAGAACCCCAUUAUACCGAAUCAAAAUUACCUAUACGUAGAGUCAAAAAGAGAAUGAAAAUUAGAAAAGUCCCAAAAGUGAAAAAGGAAUUUACGCUAACGAAUACAAUUCCAAAUUUGAAAAUGCGGCUUGGAAGCCGCAAAAGAGUUUCAAAAAACUAUGCAACGAUUGCAGACGAGUCCUUGCAAAAGGUUCAAUCGAAAGAGAGGGAAAGUCGUGCAAAAAAUGAACUUACUAAGUUUCCAAAAUCUUCAGCUCUUAACAAUAUACAAAAUUUCUCGACAUACGAAAAUUUGAAAUCUGCGUACCGAGGGGAAACUUUAAAACAAAAGGGGAGAAGUUCAAUUCUUAAUAGAAAUAGUAGAAAAGAUAAAUCUGAGGAAAGCCUAGCCAAGUACCAGAAGAUGACUGUAUCGAAAUAUUUCGACAUCAAAUCAAAGUUUAAUCCCGUCCUAAGCGAAUCUCAGAUAUCCCAAACAAACUCCUAUUCAGUGGCAAAACCGAAACCAGUGAGAUCAUUGGAUAGCAUGGCAAAGGAUUCAGUACAGCUACCCAUGUCAUCAAUGGCCACAACGAUUAUCAAUCGCUUAUUCGAAGAAAAGCCAAUAGCUUCGGAUGAACCAAGAAGAUUUCACAAAACACUAGACGCUGCAAAAAUGUCAACGAACAGUUUUCUGGAAACGAUUUCAAAGAUCAAGGCCUCGGAUCGAGUAAAUGCCGUGUGGAACGAUUUGCAGGGGAAAUAUAAGGAGUGGUCGUCGAAUGUUAAAACGCCCGAGGAUGCGCAGAAACUUAAGGAGAUUCUCAAAUGGCGCUACAUUCACAAUGUCCAAAAGCUCCUACACAAUUAUGUCAAGCAGUUCAAGAUCGAUUCAGACGGUGGACGAUCGGAAACCGAAUCCAGAAAAUCAGUAAUGUCAAGUAGGGUACUUCGUUCCAGCUACCAAGUACCAGCUUACCAUGGAUCUUCAGCAGUUCACAAAAAGGCAUCUAUCACCGACAUUUCGCCGCUCAGACAAACGCACGACGCCUUUGUCCGAUCGCAAAUGGAAUCGUUGAGGUCUGGUGCUUUUGACAAGGAUGUGGAGCAAAUGGAGCACAUGAUUAUGGGUAGACAGGUACCCACAAGUGCGGAGGAAGUGGAAAUCUUCAAGAAAUAUAAAUCUGACCCUCAGCACUACAACGUGCUGAUACUUAAUGUCGGCAAACCCACUUCGGAUGAAAAGUAUGAGGAAUUGUUGCCAAUUCUGGAGAAGAACUUUCAAUUUAUAACCGAACAAUUAGUGAUACUUUCCAGGCAAAAGAGGGUUCAGAAAAUGCAAGCCAAAAUCGAAAUACAAAGAGCAGAAGAGGAAGUAGCAUCAAAAGUUUCAGGUGAAAGCUACAUCAUUGAUCGUACUGAUUUAAGUGAAGCAUAUCUGGAAAAGAGGAGGGACUGGUGGGCAACCUACAUAGCCAAGCAGGCCAAGAAUCCUACAGAGAUUCUUUUAGCCCAAGUCCGGUAUCAGAAACGAAUGAACCACCUUGCCGAAAAAAAGGAAGAGCGCAAGCAACGAAAACUACAGGAGCAGCGGAUUCACAAAAAGAGGAGAUCACUUAGUGCCCUAUUCAGAGCUCCAAGGCAAACGCACCGCCAGCGACAAGCCAUGGAUGAUAUUAGGCAAAAGCUGGAGGGUAGGAAGUCGAAGUGCUCGCUAACAUCUUUGUGUUGUCGGAUAUGCAGCAGGUGCGGCUUGAUCUGGACACAGAAGUGCUCCGAAGGUUCCGACGAUAAGUCAGCAGAACACAUCUGCCAAAGUGUAAAAUCAAGAUAGGUCUUUCGAUUGGCACGAUUUCCGUGGGAAAAUCUAAUUUUGUGGGUGGUACAGAAAUCUCCUUCCACCAAAAUCGAACAGAAUGUUAUGUUAUGAAUUUGGUCGAAAGAGAUUUUUCUACUACUAAGGAUUGUAACAAUAAUAUGUGAGGUGCAACGAUAAUAAAUAAACCUAAGCUUAUGGCGGGACAAAGUUUUUAGUAUUAAAAA